AUGCCUAAGAAUAGUAAAGUGACACAGCGGGAGCACAGCAAUGAACAUGUCACAGAGUCAGUGGCAGACCUCCUGGCUCACGAAGAGCCCCUGGACUACAAGAGCAGUGCCCUGAAUGUAGGGGGUGCCGUGCAGCAGAAGGGCAAAGAGACCGACGAUACUCUGGAGUCAGCGGAAGAACGCCCUGCCUGGAACAGCAAGCUGCAGUAUAUCCUGGCACAAGUCGGCUUCUCUGUGGGGCUGGGCAAUGUUUGGCGCUUCCCCUACCUGUGCCAAAAGAAUGGUGGCGGCGCAUACCUGGUCCCGUACUUCAUCCUGCUCAUCAUCAUCGGCAUUCCGCUUUUCUUCCUGGAGCUGGCGGUGGGCCAGAGGAUCCGGCGCGGGAGCAUCGGGGUCUGGAACUAUGUGUGCCCAAGGCUAGGAGGAAUCGGCUUCUCCAGUUUAAUAGUGUGCGCCUUUGUGGCCCUCUACUACAAUGUUAUCAUUGGCUGGAGCAUCUUCUACUUCUUUCAGUCCUUCCAGUACCCACUGCCAUGGAAUGAGUGUCCACUGAAGAGGAACGGAUCGCAUGCCAUCGUGGAGCCUGAGUGUGAAAAGAGCUCAGCUACCACUUACUUCUGGUACCGCCAAACGCUGAACAUCUCCAGCUCUAUCUCAGACAGUGGGGGUCUCAACUGGAAGAUGACUGUUUCUCUACUGGCAGCCUGGUGUAUCGUGUGUCUGGCUGUCAUUAAGGGCAUCCAGUCCUCAGGAAAGGUGAUGUAUUUCAGUUCCCUGUUCCCCUACGUGGUGCUGAUCUGCUUCCUGGUGCGGGGACUGCUGCUGCGUGGGGCUGUGGAUGGCAUCGCACACAUGUUCACUCCCAAGCUUGAAAAGAUGCUGGAGCCCCAGGUGUGGCGAGAAGCAGCCACCCAGGUCUUCUUCGCCCUGGGGCUUGGCUUCGGUGGGGUCAUCGCCUUCUCCAGCUACAACAAGCAGGACAACAACUGUCACUUUGAUGCUGCGCUGGUCGCCAUUAUCAACUUCAUCACCUCUGUGUUGGCCACACUGGUGGUCUUCGCAGUGCUGGGCUUCAAGGCCAACAUCAUGAACGAAAAGUGUGUUGUUGAGAAUGCAGAAAAAAUCCUGGGUUACCUAAACUCCAAUGUGCUAAGCCACGACCUUAUCCCACCCCACGUCAACUUCUCCCACCUGUCAUCAGCUGACUACGCAGAGAUGUAUGGUGUGAUAAAGACUGUGCGUGAGGACGACUUUGAGCAGCUGGGUCUGGACGCCUGCCUGCUGGAAGAUGAGCUCAACAAAGCAGUGCAGGGCACAGGUCUGGCCUUCAUCGCUUUCACGGAGGCCAUGACUCAUUUCCCUGGCUCUCCACUCUGGUCUGCCUUGUUCUUCUUCAUGCUCAUCAACCUGGGCCUUGGCAGCAUGAUUGGGAACAUGGAGGGUAUCACCACACCCAUGGUGGACACGUUCAAAGUGCGUAAGGAAAUCUUCACAGUUUCUUGCUGUCUUGGGGCCUUUUUCUUUGGACUGAUUUUUGUCCAGCGUUCAGGGAAUUAUUUCGUCACCAUGUUUGAUGAUUAUUCAGCUGGGCUGCCACUGACCAUCGUUGUAAUUCUGGAAAACAUCUCUGUUGCUUGGAUUUAUGGGACCAAGAGGUUCAUGCAGGAUCUGACGGACAUGCUCGGCUUCCGUCCCUAUAGCUUCUACUUCUACAUGUGGAAGUAUGUCUCCCCGAUAUGCCUCUGUGUGCUUGUCAUGGCCACCAUCAUAGAGAUGGCGAUCAGUCCCCCAGGGUACAACGCCUGGAUCCAGGAGCUGGCGAGUGAACGCUUCCAGGGCUACCCUCCCUGGGCACUGGCCAUGUGUUUCACCCUGAUCGCGGUGGCUAUGCUGCCCCUCCCCAUCGUCUUCAUCGCCCGGCAGUUCAACCUAGUGUCGGAUGGCUCCAACAAACUGUCCGUCUCCUACAAGAAGGGCUGCAUGAUGAAGGACAUGUCCAACCUGGAGGACAAUGACGAGACCCGCUUCAUCCUCAGCAAGAACCCCAGUGAGGCGCCUUCCCCCAUGCCUACUCACCGGUCCUAUCUGGGGCCCGGAAGCACCUCUCCUCUGGAGAUGACCAGUGCUGCGCCCAACAGCCGCUACGGCACGGGCUACCUGAUGGCCACCACACCCGAGUCCGAGCUAUGAUUCCCACAGGCAGGUCAGCUUCUUCCUUACAAAGAGUACCACCAUGCCAUAGGGUUCCUCAUACCUUAACCACAGACACUAACUUGUAGUUGAAGAGGAGACCUCAAAACCUGGAGCCAAGGGCCUGUCUCUGUCUCUGUCUCUUUCUCUCUCUCUCUCUCUCCCUCUCUCUCUCUCUCUCCCUCUCUCUCUUAGCAGCUUCAUGGAGUAAAUCUUUAAAAAGUCUAGAUUAAGGCUGUACCUAGACUGAGAGAGUUGUGUGCAACUCUGCUCUCACAGUCUAGAAUCCUUUUGUGUUUGUGGGGAUCUAUCAACUGGUAACUGCUUUAAACCUGCAAGUAAAAUGCUAAUUAGACCCACUUAGCUCCAAGCAAGAAACAUGACAGAUCACUUCACCCAAAAAGGCAGUGAAGAAUAGGACUGGUUAAAAUAAAUGACAGAAAGAGAGAGACAGGUAAGCUACUGGGAAGCUAAGGUUUUUGUGCUGUACUGCUUCAUCUUCAACCCAGGUUAGAGCUAAAUCACGCCGCUCCUGAUAGGUUUCAACUGCAAUGUCAAGCCAGUGCAGUACAGGUUAAGGUGUCUGAAACACUACAAUGCUUUAUACUGGACAAGAUUCAAAACAAUAAUGCAGUAUAUUUUUGUAAGGGUAGCUGAAGCAGAAGAGGGCCAAAAAGCAGAUUAUGGAAGAAAAGAGGAUGUUUAAAUCCUGUUUUCUUUUUCCCACAAACUAAAGCUGUAAUAUACAGUAGAGUAGGUAGGAAAGUAUGUGUUAUAUAGUAGGAGACUCAGAUAAAAGCGGUUUUUGCUUUUCUAUUCUGCUUCAGGGAAAAGCUUCAUUAAGUUGCCCCAUUGAGCUAAAAUAGUUUUUAGAAGGCAGGCCUGAUUGUGAAGGAAAGCAUAUGGAGUGUUAAUGUGCUGUCUUCCACAGUGACAAUUAUUUUCCAAAUAUCUGUUUUUCAGUACCUGUCUAAAAAUGCAAUUCAAGUUUCCAUCCAUCCAUCUAACACCUCUCCUGGGUUCACAUUCACAAGUAAUAAAUAUUUGGCCUUUAAAAGUACCUGGUUAUCAAGGAGCCUGGCCUUCCGUAUUAAGGCCUAAGCUGAAAACUAAAAGUCUUGAAGCAUGUUGACUGAUCGUUAGAGGCAAAGGCUGUCUAUACUGGAAAACAUUAAAGUCAAAGAAUCUUUAGAUUUACAUAAGUUUCAUGAUUUAACACCAGCUGUCAUUCUAGACAACAGUGCAGGUUUUGAGGGGAGAUCAAACAUCACACACAAGAACUAAUUAAUUUAAGACCAAUUUAGUAUAGUAGUCUAGCAUGUCAACAUUUCUCUUGGAGAACUUUUUGGACAUGAUCUGCAGUGUCAUGUCUAUUAAAUCCUGCUGUCUUCCUCUGGUUGGUGGAAAGGGCACUGCUAUUCUAUGGAUACAGACAUCCUGCACAACAGCAUCUCAAACCCUGUUAAGCAGUAGUUGCACUUUGACACAAUAUGGAGACAAGUCAGCCACAGAAAAAGCAGCAUGAAUGCCAGGGCAGGAAAAUUAGGAACACUAUUGACUACUGUGCAAACCAUUUCAAGCAAUCUUGUUGGAAUAAUGUCUGCAGACAUAUGGAGUCAUUACAAUACAUCAUUAAAAAAACUUAUUUUAAUAUCUACACCUUUCUCAAGUUGCAUAACAGAAAGCUUUUUGUUUUGUGCAACAAAUUAAUUGAUUGUACAUGAAAGAACCUGCUAAAUGAAGAGCUGGAAUGGAGAUGAGCCAGUGGCUUAAAUACUGAUUUAAUAAGUUUAAUUCAAUUUCCAUUUAAAAUUGUUCAUUGAAAAUAAUUGCAAGAUAAAGACUAUGAAAACACAAAUGUUCCAGAAACAAAUCACCACGCUUGCCUUUAGCCUUUUACGUUUGAUUCUUUAUUUAGUAAAAGACAUUGAUAUUUCAGUUGUUGAUCUCCUACUAUGUAACAAGUGUGUUAGAAUAAUAUUCUAGUAUUACAUUGUGUAGGGCUUAUUAUAUUGUAAUUAUCUAUAUUUGUAAGUGCAGGAGAAAAGGACUGCAGUCAUAACUCCUGUUUUAGUUUAACAACUGUGUUAACUCGCACAUACACCAUCUGCCGUACAGGCACACUGCUAUGGUAAAUUAAUAGGAAAAUGUUAAAUCAUUAGGUAGUGAAGCACAUGCUUAAUGUAUAUGAUAACCUUUUAGCCUGGAGCUGGUACAAAACUAGUUCUGCAUAACAAGGCAAAACCCUUUGCAUUCUAUAGGCUUCAGAGAAUCGUUAGGAAAAAACUGGAGCCAGGGACAAUGUAAGCACGGACUGUGGUUGAUAUUCAUAAAACAAACCGAAAAAAAGAGUUUAUUAACAGAGCGCUCGUGAUUUUAAAACGUAAUGUUUUUAGAUUGCAGCUUGCUUCCGGUUUAGUGUUGUGCAUUUCUAUAGCAGAUAUAUUUUUCACUUGUGAGGAAUAAACAAUUUUUUCUCAGAGAAAAGAGGAAAAUUCCUCAGGCUGCUAAGGAUCAGUGAAUUGCAGGUAAUUUACCAAGACGGGAUCACUUGAUUUUCUUUACUUCACUCAAAGCUCCUGGGGACACAAAGGAGGCUUAAGAUGUAAGAUCUGAGUAUGUUUUGAAUCUGAACUCUUUUUAAAACAAACACAUGUCUGCUUCUGAGAGCACAGACAUUCGAUGAGUAAUAAGCAUACAAAAAUACACACUCCUCUGCAGACAAAACAGAGCAUUGUGAAAACAACAAAGGCUGUGUAUAAAGGACACCAGACCUUAUAACAUUCAACUUCAGAGAAAUUUAUUGUGUAUGCUAGCAGAGGUCAUUUUUCUUGUAGGAAUUUUUAAUGUAUAUUUAUUUGGGGUAAUACCUGUAGACAUACUGUACACUUUAUACUGGAUUUCAUACAGGUGUUCUAGCACUUAGACCAUCAUAUUUAUAUUUAAAUAUAAUUAAAUUAUAAACUCAGUGGCAAAUUAUAUAAGUCAUUUUAACAAGAAUUAAGGAGAAAUUAUUAGUUUAUGGGAAAUAACAUGAAAAACAAUUAUUAAUGUCUGCAUGAUAUGUCAAACAUUGGACAUGCUGAAAGAUAUAGUAUACAGUAUAUUGUGCAUGUACAAGUGAUUAUAAAAAGUUACUCUUCAACAAGGCAUAUUCAAGCACAUAUAUUUCAGUCUGUGUCAUGGAUCGACAACAUUGGUUCUUUUCACAUGCUCCACUCAAAGAUUUUGGGUUAUCCUAAAUUAUUGACGUGAUCCCCAGCAAAUGGGUCAAUUAAGUGUUUACUGUAUACAUCAAUUCAGUAAUUAAACAAAUAGGUGGGGUUAAAGUCUGCAAGUGUCAAGUUUUCCUGAUCUUGUUCCAGCCAAGUUCUCUCUUCUCUCUAGUAGGGGGUAUCAGCAGGUUUAGAAAGAGGGUGUGCAAUUAACACGUACUGACAGUUUUGAAUGUGAUAGAGACAGGUCCCUGAUUAUUUCAGUAUUAACAAUGGAGAGGAAAGGGAUUUCCACAGCAAUGGAAACAAUCCUCUGAAAUGGCCUGUUAAUAAACUCUUCAAGCUGAGUAAAUCACACUAACACUGCCCUGCUUUAUGAACAACACAGUCCUGCUGGGGGUGUGCAGAUCAUCUGCCAAAGGACCCAAAGGGAAAGCUUACAUGAAGGAACAGCACAACUCAUGCAGCUUGUGUACUCAAGCUAUUCCUCUAAGGAGUCUAUUGAGAAUCAUCUUCAUUUAUUUGCUAGCAAAAGUAUUUUGCAGCCGUUACAGAAGGUAUUGUGAUAAAAACCAGCACAGCGAAACUUUCAAUUGUAAAGAUGAACGGCUCCAAAUAACCAGCUUUUGCUAAAAGCAAGGUAUUGAACUGCACCAGCUAUUCAGGUAAAAUCAGGCUCAUAUGUAGUCCAGCCAGGCCUGGAUUUAUGUGAAUUUAAGGGAAGUGAGUGACAGCAGGAGUCUAUUAGUAAAUCAGGAGGCUAUAUGUGAUUCUCCAAGAUGACAUGGUUCAGCUCUGCAAUAUGUAAAAAUACUGAAUGUGUUUCAAAAGUAUAUGAAUAUAAUGGAAACUUUGCCUCUUAAAAUAUGUCUUGAAUGCUUACAUCAGGGGUGCAAUAUUUACAGUUAGUAAAAUGGGCUAAUUAAUGAUCAGGGUCUACCUAAAAGACAGGUACCUCCUAAACCUUGAUAUUCUGCACACCUCUGACUACUAUUUACCUUGCUCAGGUAACUGAAAGCAUAAUUCUCAUGAAGCACAGUUUUGUAUGGGUGCCUACAAUAAUAAUUUCAGUUAAUUUGAAGCCCAAUAGUUUAAUCAGACACAAUGGUAUGGAAACGUAAAGUUUUGCUACUUAUAACACUAACAAUUCCUUGUAUUUAUAUAGAGCUUUUCAUCCCAAAUGUCUUAAAGAGUAAUGCAUAAUCACUUUGUGCACUUUGCUAUGGGCAGAGGCACUGGAAUUACUGUGCCACUCAAUUACACGUGAUACAUGGACAGGAAUGCACAGCUUCAGUCCUGAAGACGUGCGGCAAAGCAAGUCUUUCAGUUCUGUUUAAUUGUCCAGCACCUGAAGUUAAAGUGGUCAAAUUAAUCCAACAUUCAGAUCAAUUAAGCACUUAAGAUGAUUCCAUAUAAGGAUCCUCAUAAAUAUGGAAUUAAAACUUGCAAACACAGCAAUCCUACAAGAUUGCAAAUGUCCUCCCCUCAAUUAAGGGUAAUGUCUCACAUUACAAACUGAAGCAUUUCCUGUUAAAUUAAUCAAAUCCCUACAAUGUGAAAUGAAACAAGUCAGUGCACAACAUAAAAACAGUAUAUAUAUAUGUAAGUGUACAUACUGUAAAUAUAUAUUAGAUUAAAAGAAACAGUAAAAGCAAAUAAGAAGUUUUAGAGAGCACAGAUUUAUACACAAGCACAAGACCAGCAUGGGCUAUCCAGCAGCUGCACAAUGUAGAAUCUAGGGACCACAAGACUUAAAACUUCCACUUAACUGCAAACAGUACAUUCCUACAAAUGGGUGGAGAGGAUCUGAGAUUCUCAAGCUCAAAACCCUUUCUUCAUAGGUGUGUGUAGACUAACUUAAUACAGCAAUAAAAAUAACCCACAUGUACACUGAAAAAUAGAUAAAAAAUCCUGAAAACAGUGCAUAUGAGAAAUUGAAAAUGAUGGAGUAGGGAAGCACAUUAAGAAAAUGAGUAGACUAUUUCUUUUCCAUCCGUAUCCCUGUAAACCCCAUUGUCUGGUGGCUUUUGUUCCAACUGAGUUCUUGAUUUAAUAGAUUUAACUACUAAUGCAAUUGUAAUCAUGUAUUUACACAUUUUGAUGAUCCCUACUAUGGAGACAAACGAGGAUUUAGAGUAUUGUGGUGGGGUGCUUAGCUGACGGCCUGAGGUCCUGGUGUCAGUUGUGGCUGGAGCCACACUGAAGCCAGUGAAGCUGGAGUAAGGUUCAGGUAGUAAAGACGGAGAUAACCAGGGGCACCAGGGACUGAUUCCCUACUAGGCCCCUUGCUCCUCACCUUCUGUCGUGAAUGGAAACAAUGCCAAGCCCACUGAGCGAGUUUUCAGGAGCAAACCAGAGCAGGAAGACAACACACUGUUCAGAGCACAUUCUUAUUGGUUGCAGUAGGUUUGGAAAGAAAGUAGCAUAGAUCCUCUUGCAUCAUACAAGAUAUCAUAGGAUUUUGUUAUUUCUUAUCUGCCCUUUUACAAGCAACACGAAAUAUAGCAGAGGUACAUUUUCUUACUCUCUUAUUUCCUGCUAGGAAGACAUGUCUGGUCUACAAUCAAAAAGAACAAAUCUUUAGCUUCUUUGUUUAAAAUCUUAGCAUCACAAAAGAAGCCUUUAAAUAAAUGGCCAAUGAAAUAAUGAUUAAGUGGCAAAAAAUUCCAGGGUCUCUGCCUCCCUAGCUAGGUCUCGCCCAAUAAAAGAAAAACACAAUACAAAAUUGAUGAGUUCCAUUUUUUUUUAAUUAUCGCUUAUUGAUUUUUUAAUGUGAUGCUAGAAGCCAUGGUAACAGUGAUUAAAUCAAUGACUAUAUUUCUAUUAUUGUAUAUUUAAACUGUAUAUGUCUGUGUACAUUCUGUUAAAUUAAUAAUGAAAACUAUCUAUAAAAGUGACAAGGUGAAUCUUUUCAUCCUCUGUGCUGUAUAUAUAAAUAUCAUUGUAUAUUUGGAGAUAUUUAUAUAAUUUUUGUAGCCGCCAGUGUAACUUUACCUCCUGGGACUGGUUUGGGGAAAGGGAUUAAUUAUCCUUUAAUUUUCAAAGCAAGUGGGGGGGCUCUAUUUUCUGGUAUUCCCUACAGUGUCGUGUGUAUAUUAUCUAAUCUUGUUCUCUUUGUUACUGUGUGGUGUAACAGUGACUUUGGACCACUUGUAAAGCAAUUUCUGUUCUCUUCCCAGAGCAUCUCUAUGACAAAUAUAUACAUACUGUAUGAAUGUACAUACUGUACAUGGAUAUAUAAAUGCUGCAAACAGUACAUAAUGCUAUUGCAAUUGUGGUAGUAGGUCUCCGAAAACACAAUGUCCAAGUAGGCUACAGUACUCUUCAGUUAAGGCUGUUCCAAUUACAGUAGAUGACAUCAUUAAGAUUUAUUUAGUGGACAGUUUGCAGAUGGCCCCCUCUUGAUGUAAUUGAUGUGGACAGUCUGAAAAAGUUAAGAGGGACACGGUACAUUUGAGUGAAAUGUGGGCAUAUUCCUAAAGAUGAAAUUGUUUAACAGGAUAUUGGUCUUUUCCACUCCUCCAAUGUUAUACUCGUAUCUAGAAAUGCACAUGAGGAUUGCUGUGAUUACAAAGGGUUAUUCAGCUUUCCAAUAGAGUUUUCUCAAUGGCAGGAAAGGGUAAUAGGGAACAGCUAUGCUGUAUUACUCUUCUAAUCCUACUGCUGCUCAUUAUCACCAGACUAUUCUACAUCUUAAAAUGUGUCCUUUUUAAAGACUUAGUACAGGUUAGUUCUCACUCCAUGCAAACCAAUAAUUACAAAGCAAUGUUAUCUCGUAAUAAUAAGGUGAAAUUAAGAACUUAGUCGUGUACAUUUCUGCAUAUUUUGGGGCAUUUGUGACAUGCAGUAAGCAUCACCUGACGGCAGCAGUCAAAGCUGUGCAACAGCAAUAAAGUUGAGCAAAUGCAGGAUGGAAAGAAAUGGAGCAGCAGAGAGAUGUUGAAGCUGCAGCAGGGAGUGCACUGGGAGGAUAGAGCACCUCACUGUGGCCAAAGUAUGUAGCGAUUUGUGUGGUGUGUGUGUGUGUAUUUCCUACUGGUUAAGUGUAUUGAGGGGCGUGGCAAAACCCGGAUCUGCCAUGAUCUCUCGCUGUAAAUGUUAAAGCACAUAAUAGUUGUCUUUCCGAAUCAAGAUGAGUAUUCCAUAGUUGGUGUCACGAUGACUGUACAGUAUUUAAACUGCGUGUGAAAACCUGGAACACUUACUUAUGGAUAUCACCAAAAAUAUCAAUAAAGGAAAAAAUAUUGCUGUUCUUA